GAAAUCUCAAUGAACUAUUUGUAAAGAAUCGCUGAUCUGCCUGCAAGCUUUUUGCACGGCAAAGACAUAGAUCAGUGUUAAGUGAGGAUCACAUCAUAUAUGUGAUCUUGACUUUUUGUCUUACAUUAUAUUUUUUAUAGAUUUUGUUAUAAACAUGGUGCUUGGAAAGGUAAAGAGUUUGACGAUAAGCUUUGACUGUCUUAAUGACAGCAAUGUCCCUGUGUAUUCUAGUGGGGAUACAGUCUCAGGAAGGGUGAAUUUAGAAGUUACGGGGGAAAUCAGAGUAAAAUCUCUUAAAAUUCAUGCAAGGGGACAUGCGAAAGUACGCUGGACCGAAUCGAGAAACGCCGGCUCCAAUACUGCCUAUACACAGAAUUACACUGAAGAAGUAGAAUAUUUCAACCAUAAAGACAUCUUAAUUGGACACGAAAGAGAUGAUGAUAAUUUGGAAGAAGGCUUCAACACUGUUCAUUCAGGAAGGCAUGAAUAUGCAUUCAGCUUCGAGCUUCCACAGACACCACUUGCUACCUCAUUCGAAGGCCGACAUGGCAGUGUGCGCUAUUGGGUGAAAGCCGAAUUGCACAGGCCUUGGCUUCUACCAGUAAAAUUAAAGAAGGAAUUUACAGUCUUUGAGCAUAUAGAUAUCAACACUCCUUCAUUACUGUCACCCCAAGCAGGCACAAAAGAAAAGACUCUCUGUUGCUGGUUCUGUACCUCAGGCCCCAUAUCCUUAAGUGCCAAGAUCGAAAGGAAGGGCUAUACACCAGGUGAAUCAAUUCAGAUAUUUGCUGAGAUUGAGAACUGCUCUUCCCGAAUGGUGGUGCCAAAGGCAGCCAUUUACCAAACACAGGCCUUCUAUGCCAAAGGAAAAAUGAAGGAAGUCAAACAGCUUGUGGCUAACUUGCGUGGGGAAUCCUUAUCAUCUGGAAAGACAGAGACGUGGAAUGGCAAGUUGCUGAAAAUUCCACCAGUCUCUCCCUCCAUCCUCGACUGUAGUAUAAUCCGUGUGGAAUAUUCACUAAUGGUAUAUGUGGAUAUUCCUGGAGCUAUGGAUUUAUUUCUUAAUUUGCCACUUGUCAUUGGUACCAUUCCUCUACAUCCAUUUGGAAGCAGAACCUCAAGUGUAAGCAGUCAGUGUAGCAUGAAUAUGAACUGGCUUGGUUUAUCCCUACCUGAAAGACCUGAAGCACCACCCAGCUAUGCAGAAGUGGUAACAGAGGAACAAAGACGGAACAAUCUUGCACCAGGGAGUGCUUGUGAUGACUUUGAGAGAGCACUUCAAGGACCACUGUUUGCAUAUAUUCAAGAGUUUCGUUUCUUGCCUCCACCCCUUUAUUCAGAGGUUGAUCCAAACCCUGAUCAGCCAGCUGAUGACAGACCAUCUUGCCCCUCUCGCUGAAGGAAUACUUGGUUAAAUCAAGUUGAUGUGGGUUCCGAACUAUAUCUCUUCCCUUCCCGGCUGAGGACAGAGAAGUAUCUUGGAAACAUGUUUUCAGAGGAAGUGGAAUAGCUUUUGCCCAGAAAAAUGGCAAACAUGAAACAACCAGUGAUCACGCUUUAGAAGCCUGCAGCAACAUUCUGGACUGCUCCAACAUGCUUGAAGAUCUAAGCUUUUCUCCUUUAAAACUGGCACAUACUAAGAGCAGUCUUCUUAGCCUAUGGUCAUACGUGUCAAGACACCACGUUGUAAGGAGGGAUGAUUUCCUUCUUUUGAUUUGAAAAUUUGCACAUGCUCAAUGCUUACAUUGUGCGGUUCAGUGUCACUACAGCUUUUUUUUCCAUUUAUGCCA